GCUUUUACGUCAUUGAUGGACGGACCAUUGGACCAAUCAGAGUUCAGUCUUGCCAACGUUUGGUGACGUAUGACGUGCAAAGCGGAAGUACCGGUAGAUGCUGUAAGCCGUGUUUUCUUCUUCUUGAAUGCUACUCGUUUUGGAAAAGGUGUGAUCAUGUCAAGGCAGCCGCUGGGGAAGACACUGUUGAGAAAUGUAAUCCGCCACACAGAUGCCCACAACAAGAUCCAGGAGGAGAUGGAGAUGUGGAAAAAGCGAAACUAUCAGGUCCACACGUCCCACAGCACACAUUUUCCUGACACAAAGAGUGAGAGGGGACAAAUGCACUGUGAUCGAGAUCAGCCCAGAGACCUGAGUCGGGGGAGCAGAGAGCGAGGCUCGGAACAUGAUGAAAAGGAGGCUCGAUACUGGAGCCGCAAACUGUAUGAGUUUGAGGCCAAAGAUUCUGACAGGUGGGGACAUAGUGGCUUCAAGGAGCUUUAUCCAGAGGAGUUUAAAAGGGACAGCAGUGACACAAAAAAGACUGGGCGCCACAAACUGAAAAAGGCCAAGUCUGACACAGAAGCAAGCUUAUCCAAACGAUCCAAAAAAUCCUCUCGGAAGAAGAAGAAAAAGAAGAAGAAGAAGGACGAGGCGGAAAAGCGUAAGAAAGCAGAGUGCUCGAGCAGCAGUGAUGACAGCAAUGCCCCCAAAGACAAGCAGCGGAGGAAAAGGACUAAAAGUCGACAUAAAAACAAGAAAACUGCGAAGACCAGAGGGAGAGAAGAGGACAGCAGCUCAGGCGAGAGUAAUGAUGAAAGGGAAAGACGAACUGACAGGCGUAAAAAGCGAAAGCAAGACUCCCACAAAGACUCAGACUCGGGGCCAAACUCAAAAAGGAGCAGGAAGAACUCGAAAGCAGCAGGCGCAGAGAGUUCAGAUAAUACUUCUCUAGACUGAGAUUCAAAGACUUGGACAGAAACAGUCGCUCAGGUAACCACCAAAGAAAGUACUGCACAAUUCUCUGGCUCUCCUCAAAUUCACAGAGGGCGUCUCUCUGCAGGCCCUCUCUGUGUUGUACUUUGUGAGACAUCAACAAACCUGUGCUGAAGGCUCUCUGCGGGCCCUCUGUGUGGCAGUUCCUCAUCCAUGAAGGGGGGGUGGGGUAUCUUGCACCUGCCUCAUCAGGGAUUCUGUGGGCUGCAGGCUCAUUGAUUGAUCAUUGACUCUCGGCUGUCAGCCUCCCAGGGAGACUUUCUGUCCUCAAUUGGCCGGUGUUUUUUAAACCACAUUUAUUUAAGAAAUGUUUUCCAACUUUACUGGCCAAUUAUUUUAAAAUGUGCAUUUU